GGGGGAGAGAGAGAGAGUUCAACAACCAUCUGUGCGAGCAGAUCGACCCGUUGUCUCGUUCCAAAUUCCAAUGGAGGCCGACAUGGACAUGAGCUUGGACUUCUCUUGGGAGACGCCUAAUUUCUUCGAGGCCCAGGUGCUCGAGCUCGCCGUCGUCGACAGCCUUGUUGAUUGUUGCAGUAUGUACCUGUCGGCUGAGGACUCGCUGUCCGGUCUGUACUCCUGCUACGACGACUCGAGCUCGCCGGACGGCGCCAGCUCGUGGUCGACGGCCACGACGAGGGCAACCCGGGCGAGCAAGAACAUAAUCAUGGAGAGGGACCGUCGCAGGAGGCUCAACGAGAAGCUUUACAACCUCCGCGGCGUCGUUCCAAACAUCAGCAAGAUGGACAAGGCGUCCAUCAUCCAGGACGCCAUCGCGUACAUCGAGGCGCUGCAGGAGCAGGAGCGGCAGCUUCUAGCCGAGAUAUCCGACCUCGAAACUCACAACUGCACCGCCUCCGUCGGGAGCCAGGCGGAGGAAGACAGCGCGGACUUGCCACGGCGACGGAAGAUGAGGAGGACUAGCUCCGCCUCCUCCAUCAACGACGCCAUCACUUCCCCAGUCGCGUAUCCCGUCGAAAUCCUCGAGCUGGAUGUGACGAAUGUGUCGGAGAAGCUGUCGGUGGUGAGCCUGAGGCACGGCAAGGCGCGGGACGCCAUGGCCAAGGUGUGCGGGGCGCUGCAGUCGCUGUGUCUCAAGGUGAUCACGGCAAGUGUCACCACCGUGGCCGGCAGCAUGGUCCAUACCAUAUUCGUCGAGACGGAAGGGGUGGAUGGUCCUCAUACAAUCAAGGAGAUGAUACAGCUUGCACUCCACCAUCUCAUGUGAGAAGAAACCCAUCGACGUCCAUGAGUUACUGAUGAUGCAAACGAUACAGUGAUGUCUGACGGGAUCCCAACUUCUACCUAUAGUAUAUCAUGUUCACUACAUCAUGGUAGGAGAGGCCUAUGAGUCCACCUUAGUACUAAUGUAUUCAUCUAAUAACACCAUAAAGAUUGCAAUUAUUAAGCAUAA